AUGACAAGAAAUUUAUCACACGAUAAUAAAAUACGAAUUAUUACAUUAUAUCAAGAGAGUUAUUUACAAGUUCAAUUAGCAGAAAAAUUUAAUGUUAAUAAAUCUACAAUAUCAAGAUUGAUAUCUAAAUUUAACAAAAAUAAUACUGUUUUACGUAAAAAGGGAAGCAGAAGACCAAAAUUACUAGAUAAAAGUGAUAUAAAAUUUUUUAAAGAAAAUAUUAAUAUUAAUCCUAAAAUAGGAUCUACAAAAUUAUCCAAAGAAAUUAAAGAUGAAAAGAAUAUUAAGGUUUCUCCUCGUACUAUUCGACGUGAAUUAAGUAAAAAUAAUCUUGAUGGUUUUAUUUCCUGUAAAAAACCAAUGCUUUUAGAUAAAAAUUAA